GAUGGUCGUCUCAGAAAAGUUUCGACCGAUUACCGUGCCACCACAAAGCAGAUCAUACCUCAACAAUACGACCAUCCACAGCAUGUCGUCGCAAUCUUUCAAGGGAGAGAGCGGUUGGGUUCAGUGGUUCCCCCAGAGUCACACGUGCCCUGAACUACAGUCCGCAAGAGAAGUAGUGGGAGAUUCGAAGGAGUUCCUCCGGACUAGAUUGCGGAAGCUGGGGAGGAAAGAAUCAGUUGCACUCACGACGAUUCUAUCGCACUCGAAACGAAGAGGUCAAGUAAGCCCGUCCAAAUCGAGGAUCGGAGUUUUCGACGCACUGGAAGAGCUCUCCUUAGACGAGCUCUCUUCCUACGUCAACGAUCAAGUAGCCAUGAUGAAGAUAGCCGAUGAUCAUCUGGAAAGUAGGCGAUCAAAAGGACUUCAUAGAGUCGCGACACGGGCGCAAAGCCUGACCGUUGCAUUCGAUCGUUUUCUAAAAGCAUACUCUGGUGUGGUAGAUAUUGUAAACCUAGCGGACGCACAAUAUGGCAAUGUCGCAUCUUCAACACUCUCCCUCUUUUACUCGAUGAUAAUAACUAAAGUUGACGCCGAACGAUCCAUCCGGGACGCAAUGAUGGAUAUAGCUGAUCGAUUACCUGAGUAUAGAAUUUAUGGGCGGAUUUUUCCAGACAAGGAGUUUGGCAAGAUGCUAGCGGAUGCAUACGGCACAAUCAUCAAGUUCGCCAGGAAUGUGACAGUAUAUCUUCAAGGUCAUGGUAUAUGGAGAUUCACGAGCCAGUUGGUCCACGUCGGAAAAUUUGAGGCUAUGUGUGAGGACAUGACUAGGGUUUCCAACCGAGUCAUCAGAAGAAGCGAUGUUUUGCUUGCUGAGAUGGUCGAUCGCCUGGAAAAAGAUAACGAAGAGCUUCGUAAAAGAGACGACGUACGCCUAGUCAAAGACAUACGAAACCUACUCAAUGUCCAAGAAUACCAGUUGGAAUCUACCUUGCGCAUAUUCGACAACUACAGGCGUUUUAUUAAACCACAGUUUGACAAUGAUAGGCGACGCGAUCGUAUGACUUUGGAAAGACUCUACCAGGUUCCCGAAUACAAAGCCUGGCGAGCUCCAGAAUCAAGUAUGCUUUUAUUAUUUGGACGAAACGAACAAAGUCGAGAAGCAACGCGACAUUCGUGGCUGUCUCCUGUUCUCAUGGAAGUAGCUGAAUCGCUGCUGACAUCAGAGGAGACCACCGAGCCUGGACGGAACACACAGUCAGCAACUGUCAUCGAUUCAAGAAACAACAUCGCAUUCGAAGACUGCAACGAGAGAAGUACGCUUGACGGGGGUCUAUCGAGGCUGAUCUUUCAACUUUUGCAGCGGAAUCCAAAGCUUCUGAGAUUAGCCCACGAUUUUGAUUACGUUGAGUCGCACAUCGCAAAGUCGCAGAACUGCUCCGAUGGUAAUCACGAAGUGAGAGUCGAGUCGCUCCGUGAUGCCCUGCUUCGAAUCGUCAAUAUCCAUCAUCGAACGGUGCAUCUUAUCGUGAACCGACCGGAUCAAUGCAAUGGCGAAGAGGAAAGCUGCUCCGAAUAUCUUUCGGUGUUAGCGUGGUUGGUGCAAAGAGCGACAGUAGAGCUGAAGAUUCUUGUUGUCGUGAAAGGUGAACAGUGGGACUAUAAUAGGCGCAAGAAGGAACUUGAUGUGCCAGCUGAUGUCGAAAAGUUCCAUGUAGUAGAGAUCAAUCAACGUCGACUUUGA